AUGAGCCCUCCAACAGACUUGAAGGAAGUAGUGGAGUCGGAGAUCAAGGAAUGGCACUUCCACAUCUAUUUCCACCAGCGCAACGCGGACGAGCACCAUGCCGCUCUUGAGCUACGCGACGCCGUCCUGCGCCUGAGACGCGAUGGCGCAUUCAUUGCGGUUCCCCUCUUCCGAGUCAAUACGGACCCCAUGGGGCCUCAUCCUGUCGGUUCGUAUGAGAUUUGGUGCCCGUCAGAGUCAUUCGCGUCAGUCUACUCAUAUCUGUGCCUGAACCGUGGAAGCUUGAGCAUUCUGGUCCACCCAUUAACCCGCGAAGAGAGAAAGGACCAUGAGAUCCGCAACUCCUGGAUAGGUCCAUCUUUCCCCUUGGACUUGUCUAUGCUGCCGGUCCUGGCGGACAAUGUCCCUCUGCAGUACCCUAGCCUGAAGCUCGGCUACUCUUCCGAGGCUCCGCCCCUGUCCCUGGAAGAUAGACGCAAGAUCGGUGCGAACAUUGAGCGUAUCUUGAAGAGCGAGAAAGAGGCUGCGAAGGCUCCGAGCGACUGA